AUGGACUUACAUGGUUUGAACGUAUCCUACAAACGCGACACUUCCGACAUCGCGUUCGGCCCGCUGAGGGGUGAUGUGUUCGACUUCACGCUGCUGUUCGAGCAGAGCAUUCUCGGCAUCCUCCCCUCUGCCUUGUUCAUCUUGGUUUCCAUAGCCCGGGCGACAUGGCUGUGGCAGAGGGAGACCUGUGUGCCAGCCACAACGUUGAUUUGUUUCCACAGUGCCCUCGUUGCGCUCUGGGCGCUUCCGGGAACAGUUGGAACGCAGGUGUCACUCGCUGGCUCUGUCCUGGAUCUCAUCGGAUCGUUGGCCAUUGCCGUGCUGCUGUACACAGAACAUCGUCGAUCUAUCAGUCCGUCGACUCUCUUAGUCAGCUAUCUCGCCCUCUCCAUCUUGCUCGACCUCGCCCAGACCAGGACACUGUUCCUGCGAUCCCCAGACAGUGGCCCAAUACGGGCCUUAUUUACCGCCUCAUUGGCAACGAAGCUGGCCCUUCUGUGUCUUGAAGAGCUGCAGAAGCGCCCCUUGGUGACCGACAAGACCAAGAACCUCGCAUUGGAGGUAAUUAGUGGCCCCAUCAAUCGGUCGGUCUUCUGGUGGCUGAAUCAGCUGUUUUUGAAAGGCUUCAAAGGUUUGCUCCAGGUCGGAGACUUGGGCAGUAUUGACCAAAAGUUUGAAUCAGCUAAGCUCUUAUCAAAACUUGACGGUGUCUGGCAGGCAAGCGACAGAAGCGGGAAACAUGUCCUCAUCAUUGCGACUCUUUCUGCCUUCAAGGUCGCCUUCCUCGCUCCAGUUAUCCCUCGUCUUUGUCUCGCUGGCUUCGGCUUUGCCCAGCCUUUUUUAAUUAACCGAGUUGUGAGCUCUGUCGGCGAUAGCGAUAGCGAUCAACGGAAUGCUGGUGGAAUUGCCGUUGGAUUGAUUGGUGCUACAUGUCUGGUCUACCUAGGGCUUGCCAUAUCACGAGGUAUCUACAACCAUCUCAUAUUUCAACUAAUAACGAUACUUCGAGGAAGCCUCGUCUCCUUGAUCUUCAAGAAGACUAUCGAUCUUGAUACUAUAUCCGCAAAAGAGGGCGCCGCAGUUACUUUGAUGAGUACCGAUGUUGACGGCAUUGCGACUGGUAUUCAGGAGAUGCAUGAGAUUUGGGCAAGCGUUGUCGAGCUCGCAGUUGCCGUCUACCUGCUGGAAAGACAGAUUGGGCCUGCCUGCUUCCUUGUUGUAGUUCCAGCUGUUGCGUCUAGCGUUGCCACGAACUACGCUACCGAUGGCAUUGGCCCAGCUCGAGGAAUGUGGAACCAAGCCGUACAGGAGCGAGUCUCUAUCACCUCAUCAAUGCUGUCGCAGAUCAAGGGGCUGAAGAUGAUGGGGCUAACCGACUACAUUGCUAAAUUGAUCCAAAGCCUUCGGGCCAGCGAGCUCGAGCUGUCGAAAAAGUUUAGAGCUUUUAUCAUACGGAUCGUCAUGAUAGCCAAUUUCUCGGACCAAAUGACCCCAGCAGUUGUAAUAACGUCAGCUGUAUUUUGGACAAGAUCUGGGCCCGAUGCAUUCACGGUUUCCGAGGCGUUCACCGCUCUAUCCAUCGUAGCGCUUGUCGCAUCCCCCAUGGCCAACCUUAUGGGAUCAAUUCCGAACUUCAAGGCAUCUGUUGCUUGCUUUAGUCGGAUCCAGGCCUUCUUGGUGUCGGAGGGCUACGAAGAUACAAGGAUCUACACUAUUGGUAGAAACCCAUUCUCGUCCUCAAGCGAGAUCGAUCAAAAUGUUAUCUCACCACAAAGGCAAGAACAAUUAGAUAUUGAGCUCACCUCGGUUCGAAAUCCAUCCUCCACUCAGCUCGUCCUGGAACAUGCCAGUUUCACGUUGAAGGGCCAGACAGAGCCUGUGCUUCAGGAUAUCACUGUAUCGCUCCAAAGGUCUAGCUGUACAAUGCUCGCUGGCCCUGUGGGCUGCGGCAAGUCUUCCCUUCUUAGAGGUAUCCUGGGUGAGAUACCCCUCUCUAGCGGGACGGUUAGGGUCGAGGACGUCGGCGCAUCGAUAGCGUACUGUGACCAAACUGCUUGGCUCCGGAACAUCUCCGUCCGUGAUAAUAUUAUUGGCCAGGGACAGUUUGAUGAGAGGUGGUAUGCCUCCGUGUGUCACGCCUGCGCACUCAACGCCGACAUCUCUCAGUUUCCUCUAGGCGAUAAAAGUUUGGUUGGGAGUAAGGGUAUCACUCUUAGUGGUGGACAGAAACAGCGAGUAGCCAUCGCUCGCGCAUUAUAUUCGCGGAGGACGAUUGUGUUGCUCGAUGACGUCUUCAGUGCCCUCGAUACUGUUACGUCUCGAGUUGUCUUCAACCGCAUCCUCGGAGCGGAUGGACUCCUGCGAAAGCAGGGCGCAACAGUGCUCCUAGCGACAAACGCAGUUCACCAACUCCCUUCCGCAGACAAUAUUAUCGUGCUAAGCACACCCGGUCGCAUCGCGCAGACCGGGAGCUUUGCCGACCUGCAGGCCCAAGACGGCUACGUGAAAAGCCUCGCGCUAGAAGCCUGUUUCAGCCAUGAGGAUGACGAUGCGAGAGAGGGGGAUACCAACACAUCCGCUGAUCCGCCCCUUGUAACAGCUGCUGAGGAGGAUGAGAGUGACUUGGCACGACAGACGGGUGAUCGCUCGUUAUACAAAUUCUAUCUGAAGUCCGUCGGUUUACCCCGAUCAAUUGGGUUUCUACUUCUUGCAAUUGGCUAUGUCACCGUGGGAAGAAUGCCAACUAUUUGGGUACGCAUAUGGACCGAGCAUGGCACGGACCAGGAUCGUGGCGCCUACUUCGGCGGCUACAUUUCCUUCUCUAUAUCAACCAUUAUUCUCUCUGGUGUUAUAAUCUGGUUCACCAUGUUUUUGGUUAUUCCAAAAUCAGCUAAAUAUCUUCACUGGCUCCUAUUAGACGCAGUUGUUAAAGCGCCGCUGUGGUACUUUACUACUACGGACAGUGGUGUCAUCCUGAACCGCUUUAGCCAAGACAUGACGCUAAUCGACCAGGCACUCCCGAUGGCUUUCUUUACCACGGCUACAGACUCGCUCGCUCUUAUCGCCAAUGCUGCCAUAAUUGCGUCGGGCGCACAAUACGUUGCUACGGUAAUUCCAUUGUGUAUCGCACCGAUGUACUUCUUACAGAAGUUUUACCUUCGCACAUCGCGUCAGCUCCGACAUCUCGAUCUCGAGUCCAAGUCGCCGCUAUAUACACACUUCACUGAGACACUUAGUGGCGUGGCAACUAUUCGAGCAUUCGGCUGGCAGCAAGGCUUUCAGGAAGAGAAUUUUCGGUUCCUCGACCAGUCCCAAAAGCCUUAUUAUCUCCUGUUCUGCAUCCAACGAUGGUUGAACGUGGUAAUGGACUUGUUCGUUACAGGCAUCGCUAUAGUUCUGGUGAGCUUUGCUGUUGAGUUUACGAGUAUAACAUCCCGCGGCGCGAUCGGCCUUUCUAUGGUGACCCUUAUUGGGUUUAACAAUAGUCUCUCAAGGAUGAUAAAUUCAUGGACGAAUAUGGAAACAUCCCUUGGCGCCAUCGCUCGAUUGCGUGACUUUGUACGAGAUACUCCCCAGGAGGACUCAAUAGCACAAUCUUUAGAGCCGCCGAAAUCGUGGCCCUCGACUGGUGCCAUUAAGAUUAAUGGCCUCAAUUCUACUUACCACUCAAGAGAUGAGACGAUACUUCAUGACAUAUCGCUCGAGAUUCAGCCAGGCCAAAAGGUAGGAAUCUGCGGACGUACAGGAAGCGGUAAGAGUUCGCUGCUACUAAGCCUCCUUAAACUUCUGGAAACCCAGUCCGGGUCCAUUACAAUCGACGGACUCGAUCUCGCGUCGGUACCGAGUGCAGUGCCUCGAACCCACAUCGCAGCCCUACCCCAGGAUUCCGUCACGCUGCCUGGCUCCGUCCGUACGAACCUCGAUCCUUUGGAGACGGUUGUUGGUGACGAGAUUCUUAUCGAUGCACUGUCUCGAACUGGCGUGUGGGAAACCAUCAGUAGCCGCGGUGGUCUCAAUGUAAACUUCGAGAGCCUCGGACUAUCUCACGGGCAGCAGCAGCUCUUUUGCCUAGCUCGGGCCCUACUAAGCAAAAGCCCUGUUGUGCUUCUUGACGAAGCCACUAGUAGCGUUGACCACCAUUCGGAUGAACAAGCGCAAAAGGUACUGCGGGAGGCAUUCAAAGAGAAAACCAUGUUGGUAGUAGCGCACAGGCUGGAGACGAUCGGGGACCUGGAUCUCGUUGUGCUCAUGGAAAAGGGACGGAUCGUAGAGUUGGGUGACCCUCGUGAACUGAAGAGCAAGCCUAACUCACUUUUCCGGACGCUUUGGGAAAGCCGACACGGUUGA